AUGUUCAUAGAAAUGUCUUCUAUUAUUAAAACACUUGGGAUUGGAGAAGGGUCCAGUGAAGAAGAAGAAGAGGAACUUGAUAGCCUUGAUUUCCACUUAGCAUCUCAACAAAGUCUACUGCCCUGGAGUCUUCCCAAAGUACUCUUCCUGCCUACAUACAGCAUUCUCGACCAUGGAGGUCAGAAUCUCAGCCUCUAUAUCUUAAGGAUUUGGAGGCCCUGGCCCCAGUAUGGUGUGACUGGUAACAUCAUUGUCCAAAUCAGGGCAGAAGGGGAGCUCCCUGCGCCUCAGACUUUCAUCGUGACACAGACCCCACUAAAUCGGAAUACCCCAGGGACUGCUAGUGGGACUGUUUUGAAUGCUCCAUCACCAUUUGUGGCAGCCUCUGCUAUGGAGCAAUUGAUGCCUGCCACUUCUGUUGUGGGUACUCUGGUUUCUACGAGAAGCUGGUACCCAAGUCUUCAAGUUCCACCUCCUAGUACCAAGCUGGCCUCCAUUUUCCCCCAAGUGAAAUCUCAGUCAGGGCUGCAUAGUUCUUCUAGGGAGGAAGGCCUGGCCACCACCCAAUCCAGGCCCUCGCUAGAUGACUCCUCCUGUAACUCCAAGAGUGUUUAUGAGAACUACCGACGUUGGCAAUGCUUCAACCCCCUGGCCCGGAGACACCAUCCUCAAAGUCCAGAUACGGAAGCUCUUUCCUGCUUUCUCAUCCCAGUCAUGCGAUCUCUGGCUCAACUGAAGCCUUCCAUGACGCUGGAGGAGGGACUGUGGUGGUCCGUGAAGGAAUGGCAGGGCAAAAGCAACUUUGACCGGAUGAUCUACUACGAGAUGGCAGGAAAGUUCAUGGAGUUUGAGGCAGAGGAGGAGAUGCAGAUUCAGAAGUUGCAGCAGAGGAAUGGAUCAGCACGCCUUCCUCCUCCAGUUCCACAGAAAUUCCAUCCUCCCAAGACUUCAGAUACUGUGACUGGGCAGCACCCAGGUAUGGCUACCCAAGUUGUAACAGGAGCUAAGGAUCAAAGAUCAAAGGAAACGGGAAGUGCCAAAACACUACCCCACAAGAAGCAGCAACACAGAUCCAAGUGCACUUGGGAACUCAAAGCACCCAAGAAGAUCCCUCCUGAAGCCAUGAAAGAGUAUGCUGAAAUCAUGGAAGAUCUACUGGGACUUGCAUAUUCAGCCAAUGGAGAGCCAAAUGCAAGGCAGACAGAAGAUAAUGAGCACCAGCAGGAAGAGCAUGACAUAUACACAGACCCAGGACUCCUGAACUACAUUGACAAACUGUGUUCACAGGAAGCCUUUGUAACCAAGGUGGUAGAAGUUAUUCACCCUCAAUUCCUGGAAAUGUUAUUAUCUCCGGAACCACAAGCAGAUCCCUUGUCCUUAAUUCAGGAGCUGGAGCAAGAGGAAGGACUCACCCACACUCAGCUCAUGAAGAAGAGACUAUUGAAGUUGAGAGGGGAAGAGAAUGUAUUGGAGGCACUCCCAAGUUAUAUUGUGCUCCACAUGGAUUCCAACUGUCCAGAAUCUGAGAUUGGAGAAGGGUCUAAUGAAGAAGAAGAGGAACUUGAUAGCCUUGAUUUCCACUUAGCAUCUCAACAAAGUCUACUGCCCUGGAGUCUUCCCAAAGUACUCUUCCUGCCUACAUACAGCAUUCUCGACCAUGGAG